AUGAAACCGGGCAAGACCUCGGCUUUCAUCGGCCGUGAGGUCAGGGUUGAUCGCGAUGAGGCCGAAAGUUUCGAGCCGGCGACCACCAGCUCUCCCGAGCCAAGCGUGAUUGUGUCGGACAUGGUUCAAGAUCACUACAGUGCAGACAAUAAAGCCUUUGACGGUCGUUCCCCCUCAACAAACGGCCAAAGAAGCCCAGAGGGCGAGAAGUGGUCAGAGCACGAGAGUAAGCAAUCGAAGCAUGCUUUCAGGGUCAGCAGCCGCAAACGACGAGAGACAACUGUCGUCCCUCGUCGCUCAACACGAAAUCGCUCCACCAGCGUGACCUCUGCACGACUUCCAAUGGCUUCCACACGCAAGCAAUCCAAAUCCAAAGUGCCAAAGCCCAAGAGCACUGCCAUCCGCAAACCUCAAAGAGGGCAGUCAAAGAAGGCUCCAUCCAGCGACGAGUGGGAGGUGGACAAAAUUGUUGAUGAUCGCAUCGACGCCGACACCUACGUGCAUUAUUAUCUGGUGCAGUGGAAGGGCUGGGCACCGCGCCACAAUACCUGGGAGCCGAAACGAAACCUGCUGCAAUGCUGGGACGUGAUCGAGGAGUACGAGGCCCGGGGGCGGCGUGGAGGGGUUGGCAAGUGA